AUGCGCAGCAAGGUACCCCUAGGCAAGUCCUCACCUCGUCCUCACGUCCAGGUGAAUAACUACGGGCGAAUUAACUCGCCCGGCGAUGACAUCCGCGUAGCCAUGACGAAGAACGCGAGCAAGGCGGGAAGUCCUACCGCCGCCACCGGUGCGAGCUGUGACGGGGACGACGGAGACGAAGCACAUGGCGACGACGCGGAGGAGGAUUGGCCGGAGAACGGCCACGACGACAGCGCUUCGGGCGACGAAUUAGGUCCGGCCGACAUUGAGGAAGACGAAUGGUGGAAUCAGCCGGUCGGGAGCGACGACGAGGUGGAAGAGUGGCGGCUGGAAGCGGCGGAGGCAGCCGACGAGGCCGAGGCGGAACGCGAGACAGCGGCGCCUGCGGAUGCCGACGCGGUGGCGGAGGCGGACAAGGUGGCUGGGGAUGCCGUCUUAUUUGACGGCGAGGGCACCGACGACGACCCCUGGAGCCUUGCUUCGGACGACGACGUGCCGCUACUGAAGCGGAGGCUGCGCCAUCGCCUGCAGUCCACGACGAAGCGCGCUCGCAUGGUGCUUUCGGACGACGACAGUGCCGGGGAGGAGCGUCGCCCCCUUCUCACCGCUGCGGAUAAAGGAAAGGCAAAGGUCGUGGAAGCCCCUGCUAAGUCCCCUGCUAAGGCCCCUGCAAAGGCCCCUGCUCGUCGCCGCACAAGCAACAAGAAGCGCAAGGACGACGGUGACCCUGGAUCCAGCAAGGGCGCGGCUAGGAAAAAGGCGAAGAAGGCACCCAAUCCUGACGACAUCAUCGGCAACGAAGCGUUGGGCAGCGACGAUGAGUACGUGGCGGCGGCGGGCCCGAUUCCCACGUUCCCUGAAAAGGAGGCGCCGAAGGACCCCACCCUCUCUAAUCCCAACACCCGCCCACCUUCCCCUCGCAGCAAAGACACCACGAAGAAGCGUCGCGGCUGGACCGUGCGUGAGAAGCUCAAGUGGGCGCGCCGCUAUAAGGAGCUGGGCUCCCUGAAGAAAACAAGCGUGGAGUCCACCGCGAGCGUCGCCUGCAUCAGACGUUGGAGCGCGGAAGCGGCUGCGGGCAUCUACAAGGGCGCGGCUAACUGCCGCAAGCGGAUGCACGGGGGGGGGGCGCCACGCACACUACCCCGACAUGGAGGCAGCGUUAUCAUCAUCGACGCGUUCCGCCACUGUGGCAUCUCCAGCAAGCUGGACGGAACGGAGAAUCACCUGGUGAUGUCUCACCUGCGCGCCAGGAGCACCACCGAUGUCUCCGAGGACAUGUCCCUCGGGGGGACCACAGGCGACAACACGCGCCUGCUUGGGAAGGCUCCAGAGGAAGAGGAGGAGGAGGAGGAGGAGGAGGAGGAGGAGGAGGAGGAGGACGAGGAGGAGGAGGAGGAGGAGGAGGAGGAGGAGGAGGAGGAGGAGGAGGAGGAGGAGGAGGAGGAGGAGGAGGAGGAGGAGGAGGAGGAGGAGGAGGAGGAGGCGAUGCAGGCGGAGGGCGUGCGGGAGGUGGCCGUGGCAACUGGCCUGGAGGUGCUGUACCAGGAGACCCCCAACUACCGCGGAGCGGCGGCCGAGGCUGACCGCAUGAUCGAGCCUAGGGAGACGGCUAGGCAUGCCUGGCGAGUGCCAGACCUGAGUGUGGAGCCUGUAGCUAGUGCCCCAGAGGAGGCAGUGACCGAGGGGGGUUAG